AUCGUCGUCAACAAAGACAAAUUAGUCUUCCUUCAUUCUCACUGCAUCGAAAUGAAGAGAGCUGCAGAGCUGGUGUUCAUCCCCUGCGCCGGCGUUGGCCACCUCAUAUCGGCGGUAGAGACCGCAAAGCUCCUCGUGUCUCGAGACGACCGCCUCUUCAUCACCGUCGUCGUUAUGAAGACCCCCUUCGACUCCAAAGGCAACGAUGCUUGUAUAGAGUACUGCAUCACGCAAGCCUCGGAUCGCAUCAAGUUCGUCAACGUUGCACAGCCCGACGUCGACUUCAUAAACAUGACUCGCAGCGGCUUCCGCAACUCGUUCAUCGAAAGCCACAAACCCUACGUCAGAGAUGCCGUCACCGAACUCCUCACCGGAUCGUCCAAGUCACCAACCCCUCAACUCGCCGGGUUCGUCAUCGACAUGUUCUGCACCACCAUGAUCGACGUGGCCAACGAGUUCGGGGUUCCUACGUACAUCUUCUUCACCUGCAACGCUGGCUUUCUAGGGCUUCUGUUCCACCUCCAGAUGAUCCACGACGAGUAUGACGUGGACAUCGCCGACUUGAAAGACUCGGAUUCCGAGUUGAUCCUCCCGAGUUUUGUUAACCCGGUACCUAUCAAAUCCCUGUCGAGUGUAUUUUUUGAGAAAGAAGAGCCCAUCCCAUUCGUAAGCCACGCAAGAAGGUUCAGAGAGACAAAGGGUAUUUUGAUAAAUACCUUCUCGGAUCUGGAACCUCAUGCCCUUCGCUCUCUUGAUUCUUAUGGGAAUAUUCCGCCGGUGUUUCCAGUGGGACCACUUCUGAAAGAGGAAAGUGACGAUAAUAACCUUGGGGGGUCAGAUCAGGCCCUUCAGAAGUCAGAGAUCUUGAAAUGGCUUGAUGACCGGCUUCCAUCGUCGGUUGUGUUCUUGUGCUUUGGGAGCAUGGGAAGCUUUGGUGAGGAUCAAGUGAAAGAAAUUGCCUGCGCGCUGGAGCAGAGUGGGCACUCGUUCUUGUGGUCCAUACGUUGCCCCCCACCGAAGGAAAAAAUUACUCACCCCAGCGACUAUGCCGAUCCCACGGCCAUCUUACCCGACGGAUUUCUCCAACGGACCGCUGGGAUCGGGAAGGUCAUAGGAUGGGCUCCUCAAGUGGCGGUGUUGGCCCAUCCAGCCGUGGGAGGUUUUGUCUCCCAUUGCGGGUGGAAUUCGGUACUCGAGAGUGUGUGGUUCGGUGUGCCUAUUGCUACUUGGCCGAUGUACUCGGAGCAACAAAUGAAUGCGUUUGAGAUGGUGGUGGAAUUAGAAUUGGCGGUGAAGAUUAGUGUAGAGUAUGGAUGGGACUUUUAUAACACCGGUCUUGAAGGGCAAAUGGUCUUGAGUGCACAAGAGAUAGAAAGAGGAAUAAGGGAGGUGAUGGAGCAUGAUAGUGAUACAAGGAAGAGGGUGAAAGAGAUGAGUGCAAUGAGCAAGAAAGCCUUGAUGGAUGGUGGUUCUUCCUAUUCUUCAUUGGGACUUUUUCUUGAUCAGAUAUUUCUUUGAUCAAUAUUUUUGCUUGCAAUGUCACUGUAUUAAUCAGCACGUUGUUCACUCUAUUUCUUAUGUUCUAUUUUGUUCCUCCUACAAUAGAAUGACAUUUGCGGC